GUCUAUUGGGAUGAUCUUUUUUUGAGAUAAUUAUAAGCUAGCAAUGUGUCGGAUAUAAAUAACGUACUCUUGAGUUAUUCUCAUUCUUAAUAUAGCUUGUGAGCAGUUUGAAAUUCCAACGGGUCGAAUAACCGGUGGAAAUUUACCGCUCAUCGAAUUAGGACGGCGCUGAGUGACGGAUUUCUUUGUUACUAAAAUUCGCGUCUCUCUUUGUUGUUUGUGCUUGUUUCCGGUGGAGAGAAUUGUAAUAUAGUCCUGGGCUCGCGCGGAAAGUUAUCGACCUAUGUAGAAGGUGUCAGGAGUAAUUGGAUUCGCAAGAAGGAGCGAGAGUUCAAAUUCGCCUUUGGAACACGCCGUCGGCGAUUCCUUCGGUGAACAAGUGGACAUUCUCGGAUGAGUGCUUUACUGCAAUCCUUUCCAGAUGUAUGUGAACGCAGUUUUCUCCAUAGGAAUUUCUCCUGCGGGGCCGUCAUCUGGUUGUUUAUGGCACGCGAUUUGCCUGCAAGGUCUCGGUCGUUGGCAUUUUCCCACUUUUUGUUUCCCUAUUCUCGGGUGACUUUUAGUCGUGAAAUCGACAUUAUCUACUUGCAUCUGGUUUGAAUUCGCGCUUAUCAUUAGUACUAUUUCGAAUUUCCAGGUGGCGUCGAGGUAACUUUACGUUACAAAAUUCUUAAUAUGGUGCCGUCUAUCGGUGAUUACUGAUAUUAGAGUUACUUUGGAUGUUUACCGAAUCGCUUUCUUGCAGUUCGAGCUUAAAGUUUGUAUGCUGGCAGUUUGUUUUUGACAGCUGUCUUUGUAUGAAAUCUAAUGGAAUCGUUACUAUAUUUGCGGGGACGGAUUUUUGCCUUUGCCUUUGUAGUGUAGUUUAUUUUUUUUCGUAGAUUACUUCCUACCGGUAGGAAUUUAUUGUUUUACGUAUUGUGCUUUUGACGUAAUGUUGAAUCAAAAUCAUCCAAUUUUGAACUCUAUUGAUACUUAUAUAGAACCUCUUUUGAAACGAGUGCUACAAACUCAAAGACUAGGAGUAUGCUGUGGUACUAUAGAACUGAACUCUAUAAGCUCCAGCUGUGGAAAGGCUAAGGCAGAUCGUUUUAAUUUGUCUAUACCGUAUGCAGGCCAGAGUCUGAAUUGGAGCAUUUUAUUCGAUUCGCAAUGUCCAGAUUUAGGACCAGAUUUUAUGUUCAGUGAUGAGACAUUUUUAGCUGAUCCGGAUGCUGAUACUUUAGCCACUCAUGUUCCUAGUCUUGCUAAAUGGAAUCCUACCGAUGCGAAUUCCUUACUUAGGGUUCUCAGUGAGCUCUUUUGGUAUUACAAGAAACAUCAAAUAGAUCUACUUGAGAAACAAGGUGACAGAUUACAAUUAGAAUACAGUACACUGGUUGGAGAAACAGAAAUAUGUGCAGAAGAUGUAGAAAUGAUUUUAUUACCAUCCGGUACCAGACCAACAGAAGCACGUUUCCUUAUUAGAAUGGCAAUGGAUUUCUCUCAGUUACCAGCACGCAGCAAUCAAUCCAGAAAUGAUGCUGCUAUGCUACUGGUUACCUUUCAUGGUCAAGAUUGGAAUCACAUAAUCCCACAGCUUUAUCUUUCAAAAAGUUUGGAGGAAGCAUUUGGUGGUCCAUCUGCACUUCACAUACCGCCAUUUCCACCAGACAAAUAUUUAAUGGAUUACGUACCAGAGGUUAAGAAAUUUAUAAGUGAAAAGAUAAACUUUCUCGCCCUAUGCUUUGAGAGGAAGAAGAGCUUUGUCACCGUAUUGCUGUUACUACAACGUGGUAGCAUCGUCGAAUACGAUGCUAUAGAGUUUAGUUAUAUCUCUAUCUUACUGGAGCACCGUGACUUUUAUUUCCUGGUUCACUUCAGGCUUCCUCCUGCGUUUCCAAAGGAGCAGCCAUUUAUAACACUGCAAUCCGUAUAUCACAUGACAUCUCAGGGUAAACUAUACAGUCAAAUUGUUGAAGACUUCCCAUUCAGUCCUCGUUGGGAACCCCUGCAAAUGGUUACCAAAGCACUGGCACAUAUUAUAGAUAACGAGGUUCAAAAGUUUCAGACAAACUCCAUAAGGAGCAGCCACUUCUAAUUUUUCUACUUUAUGAUAUCAAUUUAUUACUUGUUACACGGUCACACUUUAUACAUAUAAACUUUUUGAUAAUUCUACUGUAUACGGUAUUUUCUGUUUCUAAUCAUAAUUCCUUUCCGUAUCGUUUUAUUCGUAUUUUUCCUAGGGUGAUGUAAGAUGUCACCAAAUGUCCAGUGAGUACAGUAAUUCUGUCUUAAUUUUAACUAUAAAAUAUUAUUUUCAAUAUCGGAGUAAUCAAGAGGAGACAGAAAUUUGAUUCGACUUGUAUUAUAUUACUGAUCUAUGUAAAGUUUGUAAAUGAUUUGUUUAAAAAGAAGCAUAAUGUAUAUAUAACAUAGGCCUUUCUCAGCUAAAUCUUCAUUUAUUAUUCAAUUAUAUAAUACGAUGUCUUGAAAGGUU